AUGCGUGUCACUCUCUUUACCGCUGCCCUCGCGGCCACCCCCGUCUUCGGCUAUCCGGGCAUGAAGAAGACCUUCUCCGAUAUCCGUGCUCGUGUGAAUGCGGAUGACAAUGGUCCCGAUUCUGAUAAAUAUGACUCCACGGAGCUUCUCGGGGAUAUCGCAACCCUCGAAGACUCUAAGCUUACCACCGUCGGCAAGAGCGUCAAGUCCCUCCUUACCGGCGGCGACAACCCGGAGAGCGAUGAGGCGUACAUCACGUCUGGCAGAGCUAACAACCUCCCGGCCAAGGGGUCUCCAGCCUGUGCCGCCGACACCUGCUGCAUUUGGAAGUACAUUGCCAAUGAUCUUCAGGGUGUUUUCAGGGGCAAGGCUGGCCGUUGCACGGAUUAUGCCCGUGCCGCGAUCCGUCUCGGCUUCCACGAUGCCGGUGGCUGGUCCAAGUACACCGGCGACUAUGGCGGUGCUGAUGGCUCCAUCAUUCUCUCCCCUGAUGAGAUGAACCGUGGCGAGAACAAUGGUCUUCAGGAGAUCGUCGCUCAGACCAAGAUCUGGUACAACAACUACAAGGGAUACGGAAUCUCCAUGGCCGACUUGAUCCAGUUCUCUGCCAACGUUGCCACCGUCGUCUGCCCCCUCGGCCCCCGUGUUCGCACCUAUGUCGGCCGCAAAGAUUCCUCCCGCAACUGCCCCGACAACAUGCUCCCCCCUGUCACCGGCUCUGCUGAUUACCUGAUUGAGCUGUUCGAGAACAAGACCAUCAAGCCCCACGGACUGACUGCUCUUAUUGGCGCCCAUACUACCAGCCAGCAACGCUUUGUUGACCCGGAGCGUGCCGGUGACCCGCAAGACAGCACUCCCGGUGUCUGGGAUGUCGCAUUCUACAAGGAGACUCUCGGCAACGCGCCCGCUCGUGUCUUCAAGUUCGCUUCCGACAUCGUUCUCGCCCAGGACGACCGCAUCAAGGAUGAAUUCCAGGCCUUUGCCGGCCCCGGCGGACAGUCUCACUGGAAUGAGGACUAUGCCCGCGAAUACAUCCGCCUUUCUCUGCUCGGUGUCAACAACAUCAACAGCCUCACUGAGUGCACCAAGGCGCUGCCUCCCCGCAUUAGCACUUACAAUGCUCCUGACCAAAAGGUUCUGGAUAAGUGGCUCGCCACCAAGCAACGCGUUGCCAAGAUUGCUGAGGAGCUUCGCAACGGUGGUAACAUCAGCUCUCUCGGCGGUCUCAUCGACAACAUCCUCGGCUGGAUCAAGAGCAUCUUCGGAUUCAGAUUCUUCUAA